AUGCUGGGUCGUCGUUCGCAGAGUCACGAGCUUAUACCAUACGACCCUGAACUAGAGAACACACUUCGUUAUCUCCGUCGAGAUAAAAAUAAGCAAGAUACACUUCCAAUCAAGAUGGGAGACGCGUUGGAACUUAACAACCUCACCCGACCUUUGAAGGAUUUCACGGUUCCUAAAGCAUUGGACCAGCCGUCUUGCAUUGCAUAUCCAGCCACUACAACCACCUUUGAGAUCAAGAGUGGCACCAUUCACCUUUUGCCACAAUUCUAUGGCAAGGUUGGGGAUGAUCCUCACAUACAUAUCAAGGAUUUCUUUGCUGUGUGCGCAACUAUGCACAAUGGAGGGAUUAGUGAUGAGGCAAUCAGAUUGCGUUUGUUUCCAUUCUCACUCAAGGAACGAGCCAAGGAGUGGCUCUAUUCUUUACCUAGUGCAUCUAUCACCACAUGGACAGCAUUGGCUUCCAAGUUCCUUGCAAAACUCCUAGCUUCGUGCCCUCAUCACCAAAUUGAAGAUUGGCUACUUAUGCAAUACUUUUAUGAGGGAUUACUUGAUUCGGAGAGGAUGAUGGUUGAUGCUACUAGUGGAGGAGGCUUGAUGAACAAGAGUGCUACUCAAGCUAAGGAGAUGUUUGAGAACAUUGCAGCAAACUCUCAACAAUUUAAUUACCGGAGAGCUCCCCCAAAGAAAGCAGGUGUUUAUGAGGUAAGUGCUAGUGAUAUUGGUCCUCAAAUAGCUAAUUUGACUAACCUUGUUAAGCAAUUAAUCCCUCAAGCACAAGUGUGUGCCGUGUGUGCUAAUCCCGGACAUCCUACGGAGUCUUGUCCAAGUUUGUAUGGUGACGGAGAAGAGAUGGCUCAAGCACACUAUAUGCAGCAACAAAAGCCAAGAAACGAUCCUUUUUCUAACACCUAUAAUCCGGGAUGGCGGCAACACCCUAACUUUGGAUGGAAGAACAACCAAAAUGUGCAAACAGCCCCAGUUCAACAAAAUCAGUUUGUUCCUCAACAAAAUGCACCACCACCUCAUGGGCAAGGUAAGUCUUUAGAAGAGUUAAUUAAUUCUUUGGCAUUAAGCACUCAAGGUUUUAUGCAGGAAACAAGGCAAACACAGGCACAAAUGUCUACAGCAAUCAAGAGCCUUGAAAACCAAGUUGGACAAAUUGCAACCUCCUUGAGUCAAAGAGAGCCAGGAAAGUUUCCAAGCCAAGUCAUUCCAAAUCCUAAUGGAGGCCAUGAAACAGCAAAGGCGAUUACUCUUCGAAGUGGAAAAGAGGUGGCAAAUGUUGACAAGGAGGAGAGAAAUUCAACCAAAACAGUGGCUGCCCCCUUUUCCAAGCUUACGGUUCCAAGUGACAACUCUAAGGUAAGUUCUCCUGUGAAUCAUUCGAUUACUCCAAAAGUUCCUUUUCCUCGUAGGUUUUUGAAUUCAAAGAAGGAGCAAGUUUCAAAGGAUAUCCUAGAGACUUUCCGAAAAGUGCAAGUGAACAUUCCCUUGCUUGAUGCGAUCCAACAAAUUCCAAGCUAUGCAAAAUUCCUCAAAGACCUUUGUACAAAUAAGAGAAAGUUCAAGGAGCAUGAAACCGUGGCCUUGAGUGAAGAAGUCUCAGCUGUGCUAUUGCGUAAAUUGCCUCCUAAACUAAAGGAUCCAGGGAGUUUUACUAUACCUUGUCUCAUUGGAAAUCAAAGGUUUGAACAUGCUUUAUUAGACUUAGGUGCUUCAAUUAAUUUGAUGCCUUUUUCUGUUUUUGAAUCUUUAAAUUUAGGUGAGCUUAAGAAGACUUCCGUGAGCAUACAAUUGGCUGAUCGAUCAAUCAAGUAUCCUAAGGGAGUGUUGGAAGACGUUUUGGUCAAGGUGAAUGAGCUAAUUUUUCCAGCUGACUUUCUAGUGCUCGAGAUGGAGGAAGUUCCUAUUCCUGGAAAAGACCUUCCAUUGAUUCUAGGACGUCCAUUCAUGAGAACAGCAAGGACAAAAAUUGAUGUGUAUGAAGGCACUCUCACAAUGGCAUUCGAUGAGGAAACCGUGGAGUUUAAGGUAUUUGAUGCUUUAAAAUAUCCUAACGAUGAUCAUGCUUGUUUUUCCAUAGAUGUACUUGAACAAAUGGUACAAGAAACAUUUAGUGCAUCACAAGGAGAGACGCCAUUGGAGAGGGCACUCAUCCAAAGCCCCGAAACAGUGAAUAAAGAAGGGAACAUAGCUGUACUUGAAGCUGUGAAUAUACUUGAGGCCUUGCCUCCCCAAAGAGGUAAGUUUAACUCUAUUUUUGAGCCUAUUCCAUUAUCUACUAAUAAGCUUGUUCCCUCUAUUGUGAAGGCACCACAAGUUGAGCUAAAACCCCUUCCGGAGAACUUGAAAUAUGCAUAUUUAGGUGACAAAAAGACGCUGCCUGUGAUCAUUGCUUCUAAUUUGAGUGCAUCCGAAGAAGACAAACUAAUUCGAGUUCUAAGGGAGCACAAGACUGCCCUAGGUUGGACCAUUGCAGACAUCAGAGGAAUAAGCCCUACAAAGUGCAUGCAUAGGAUCCUUUUGGAAGGAGAAUCGAAACCUACAAGGGAAGCCCAAAGGAGGCUGAAUCCGGUGAUGAAAGAAGUCGUUAAGAAGGAAGUUUUGAAGCUUUUGGACGUGGGAAUUAUAUACCCCAUUUCGGAUAGCAAGUGGGUGAGUCCCGUCCAAGUUGUUCCCAAGAAAUCCGGAAUUACUGUUGUGAAGAAUGAAGACAAUGAGUUGGUGCCUCAAAGAAUUCAAACGGGUUGGAGAGUAUGCAUAGAUUAUAGAAAGCUCAAUACCACGACACGUAAGGAUCACUUUCCGUUACCAUUUAUUGAUCAAAUGCUUGAGCGUCUUGCAGGUCAUAGUCAUUAUUGCUUCUUGGAUGGAUACUCCGGAUACAAUCAAAUUGCCAUAGCUCCGGAAGAUCAAGAAAAGACCACCUUCACUUGUCCAUUUGGUACGUUUGCUUAUAGGCGUAUGCCUUUUGGUUUAUGUAACGCACCUGCCACUUUUCAACGUUGCAUGAUGUCAAUUUUUUCUGAUAUGGUGGAGGAGAUAAUAGAGGUAUUUAUGGAUGAUUUUUCAGUUUUUGGUGAUUCUUUUGAUAUUUGUCUUCACAACCUCUCUCUAGUGUUGAAAAGGUGUCAGGAAUGCAAUUUAGUGCUCAAUUGGGAGAAGUGUCACUUCAUGGUACAGCAAGGUAUUGUAUUAGGUCACAUUAUCUCUUGUAGGGGAAUUGAAGUGGACAAGGCAAAAAUCGAUGUUGUGAGAAACUUGCAGCCCCCCACAACCGUGAAGGAGAUUAGGUCAUUCCUAGGACAUGCAGGGUUCUAUAGGCGUUUCAUCAAGGACUUUUCAAAAAUAUCAAGGCCCCUAUGUCGAUUGCUUGGCAAAGAUGUGGAAUUCGAGUUUAAUGAAGAGUGCUUGGCUGCAUUUAACAAGCUUAAGGAGCUUUUAACUGGGGGCUGUACUUGGACAAAAAGUGCACAACGUACCACAUGCCAUCUAUUAUGCCUCCGGACUUUGAAUGAUGCUCAGUUGAAUUACUCAACUACGGAAAAGGAGUUGCUUGCUGUUAUUUUUGCUUUAGAGAAAUUUAGAUCAUAUCUUAUUGGCACUAAAGUAAUUGUAUUCUCUGAUCAUGCAGCGCUUAGGUACCUCUUCCAAAAAAAGGACGCCAAGCCAAGACUGAUUAGGUGGACUCUCUUGCUUCAAGAAUUCGAUUUGGUGAUUAGAGACAAGAAAGGGAGUGAAAACGUGGUGGCUGACCAUUUGAGUAGGCUGGUGCAAGGAUCCAAUGAAGAAGAGGACAUGCUUCCUCUACGUGAAAGUUUCCCCGAUGAGCAACUCUUCACCCUCGAAGCCAAGGACCCUUGGUACGCUGACAUUAUCAAUUACAAGGCUUCAAAACUGAUUCCGGAGGAUCUCACUCGAGCUCAAAAGGAUAAGCUUGUCAAAACGAGUAAGUAUUAUGUUUGGGAUGAUCCAUACUUAUGGAAAUAUUGUCCAGAUCAGAUUGUUAGAAGGUGCGUGUCCGAAUAUGAAUUUAAUUCUAUACUUACCUUUUGUCAUUCAUCUGCAUGUGGUGGACAUUUUGGUCCUAAGAAAACAGCCCUUAAAGUAUUGCAAUGUGGUUUUUAUUGGCCGAGCUUGUUCAAAGAUGCAUAUACUUAUUGUUCCACAUGUGAUAGAUGUCAAAGAACCGGUAACAUCAGCUCUAGGAAUCAAAUGCCUUUAACGCCUAUCCUUAUUGUUGAAAUAUUUGAUGUGUGGGGUAUUGAUUUUAUGGGACCAUUCCCUUCCUCUUAUGGCUUUAUUUACAUUCUCCUUGCUGUUGACUAUGUCUCUAAAUGGGUGGAAGCAAUUCCUACCCGGACUAAUGAUUCAAAAGUUGUUUUGAGCUUUGUGAAGGAAAACAUCUUUUCUAGGUUUGGAACACCAAGAGCCAUUAUUAGUGAUGGAGGCACUCACUUUUGCAAUAGGUCAUUUGAGGCACUUUUAAAGCGGUAUGGAAUUACACAUAGGGUCUCGACACCUUAUCAUCCCCAAACAAGUGGACAAGUAGAGAUUAGUAACCGAGAAAUCAAGCAAAUCUUGGAGAAAACCGUGAGCCCUACGAGAAAGGAUUGGAGUUUGAGACUUAAUGAAGCAUUAUGGGCAUAUAGGACAGCUUACAAAACCCCCAUUGGUAUGUCUCCUUUUCGUUUGGUUUAUGGUAAAGCAUGUCACCUUCCGGUUGAGCUUGAACAUAGAGCAUUUUGGGCAAUCAAGAAAUUCAAUUUCGAUAUGAAAGAGGCUGGAGAUGCAAGGCGACUCCAAUUGAAUGAAUUGGAUGAGAUGAGGAAUGAUGCUUAUGAGAGUGCACGGAUUUACAAGGAAAAGACGAAGGCAUUUCAUGACAAAGCCAUUCAAAGGAAGACCUUUGAAAUAGGGCAGAAAGUCUUGCUCUUCAAUUCACGCCUUCGGCUAUUCCCAGGUAAGUUACGUUCUAGAUGGUAUGGUCCUUUUGUUGUUACUAAUGUUUUCCCUCAUGGUGCAGUUGAGAUUCAAAAUGACAAGAUGGGAAACAUAUUCAAAGUGAACGGACAUCGCUUGAAGCCAUACUAUGAAUCUUUUGAGCUUGGAAAAGAGAGCAUGCUUGUGGAUGCACCACCCCCAUCUAUUGUUUAA